CUGACUGGAAACAUGUGGCUGUGUUUUUACCGGCUUGUCAUGUAGAGAAAUAUAUCACGGCUUUUGAUUAAUAAAUCAGUGAUACAGUCUGCAAAACGACUGAGAAGCAAGAAUACACAGUUGUUACUUCGACAGACACGAACUGAAAGGCCUUUUAUGGGCUCUCUGGAUCAGACAGGUGAAGCCUGCGCCUGGUUAUCUUCCAACUGUUUGAGAUCAUUCCCAGUGUGCUGAUUGGUGGUGACCAUGAGGAAGUGUACGAACUGUGGGGGGACGGACAUUGAUGUGGACCAGGCCCGGGGUGAUGCUGUGUGCAUGGGCUGCGGCUCUGUGCUGGAGGACAACAUCAUCGUUUCUGAGGUAACCUUUGUGGAGAACAGUGGAGGAGGAUCGUCCGCCGUUGGCCAGUUUGUUGCUGGUGACUCAUCUGGAAAUGUGCCAUCAUUGGGAGGAAACUUCCACACUGGGGUUGGGAGGGAGUCCAGAGCUGCCACUCUGCAGAAUGCUAAGCGACAGAUAAAUCAUCUUGGUCAUCAGCUUCAAAUGAAUCAGCACGGUCUGGACACUGCCUUCAACUUUUACAAGAUGGCCCUCUGCAAGCAUCUGACCAGAGGGCGCAAAUCAUCCCAUGUCAUCGCCGCCUGUCUCUACCUCGUCUGCCGAACGGAGGGAACACCUCACAUGCUGCUGGACUUGAGUGACCUCCUGCAAGUGAAUGUGUAUGUUUUGGGAAAAACCUUCCUUGUUUUAACCAGAGAGCUGUGUAUCAACGCACCAGCUAUUGAUCCGUGUCUUUAUAUCCCGCGCUUUGCGCAAAUGCUGGAAUUUGGAGAGAAGAGCCAUGAGGUUUCAAUGACGGCACUGCGUCUCCUUCAGAGGAUGAAGAGAGACUGGAUGCACACGGGACGAAGACCUUCAGGCCUCUGUGGAGCAGCGCUCUUGGUUGCUGCCCAUAUGCACGAGUUCCGUCGCACAAUUAAGGAAGUGAUCAGUGUGGUGAAAGUCUGUGAAGCCACACUGAGGAAAAGGCUGAAUGAAUUUGAGGACACGCCCACCAGUGAGCUGACAAUUGAAGAGUUCAUGCGGGUGGAUCUGGAGCAGGAGUGUGACCCGCCCUCUUACAUAGCUGGACUCAGGAAGCAAAAGCUAAAACAGAUUGAGCAAGAGCUUGCAAAGAAAGUUGAUGAUAUUGAAGGUGAAAUCUGUGGAUAUCAGGAUGAGAUUGAAGUCGAGCUAGAGAGCUGUAGGCCCAGAGCCAGGGGGAUUUAUGCAUCUUAUUCCAAAGAUGAUGAUGUGAUUUCCUUGGCGUCGUCCAGCAUCCUAGCUCGUGAUGAGGAAGGAGAGGAUGACGAGCUGAGGGCAGCAGCAUCUCACCUGUGCAGUACUUUAUCUGGAGAGGAUGGAGAUGGCAAUGAGCAGGACGGAGAUAGAGAGAAAGUCUCUCCAACCAAACGGCCCUCGUUAGCAUUAUUGCUUGGAGCACUUCCCACUGCAGCCAGUUUGGGCCUGCCCGAGUCCAUCACCAAAAUGAGAGAGGAAAAAGAGAAUGAUGUGGAGGCAGAAAACGGUGAGCUAGACCUGAGCGGUAUCGACGAGGAUGAGAUCGAUCGGUAUAUCCUUAAUGAGAAGGAAGUUAAGGUAAAGACUGAACUGUGGAUGCUUCAAAAUGCAGACUACCUCAAAGAACAGAAAGAAAAGGAGGAGAGAAUAGCAAAGGAAAAGGAGGAGGGUACAUAUAAAGUGCAGAAGCCUAGAAAAAAGGCACGGAGGCGUGAGCCCAUCAGUGCCAGCACUGCAGACGAAGCCAUUGAAAAGAUGUUGGAGCAGAAACGCAUCUCCACUAAAAUAAACUACGAUGUUCUGAAAGACUUGAACAAAUCCAGCCCAAAAAGUCCCACUCGCCAGACUGAUGAAGCUUCUGCUGGAGCCAAAAGAUCCCCCGCGGCCCGCCAACGGAAACCCCAACUGACUUCACCCAAGAUUGGCAAAACGAUCAGCAGCUUUGGCAAGAGUUUUUCUCUCUCAUAA